UAGAAAAGACACUGCCCUUUAACCCAGAAACGUACAGGCCAAUGAAAUUCGCUUCCUGUUCAUGAGCGUGUCAAGGGAAUGGCGGUGAGUAGAGACAUUUAACGUCAGAAUGGCCGAGAAACUACACAUACUUUUAGCCAUUACUUUUCUCCUGUGUUGUCCUUCGACUUCAACUGUGAUACAAGAGGGCGAUGAAGGUAUAGACUUCUCGAAAUACACGCAUCAUGGUAAUUUAACGGCGCUUUUCCAAGGUUUGACAGUUCGCUACCCGGAGUUAGCACGUCUCCAUUCGGUAGGGAAGAGUUUAUAUGACCGAGAACUUUGGGCUUUACAAAUAUCAGACCGGGUUGAUUCCGUGGAACCUGGUGAACCGAUGUUUAAAUAUGUCGGGAAUAUGCAUGGAAAUGAAGCUGUGGGCAGACAAAUGCUGGUUUAUUUGGCGCAGUACUUGUUGUCAAAUUACGGAAAGGACGAAAGAGUUACCCAUAUUGUGGAUACCACGAACAUAUUUAUUAUGCCCUCUAUGAACCCAGAUGGAUUCGAAACUGCUAAGGAACACAGUUGUUUCGGGUCGGUCGGACGAGGCAACAGCAAACAGGUUGAUCUGAAUCGCAAUUUUCCAGAUCAGUUUCAAGUGCCGAGUUAUAACCUUCCAAUCCAGCCAGAAACUCAAGCCAUGAUAGACUGGAUUCAGUCUAACAAGUUUGUCCUCUCUGCUAAUUUACACGGCGGAAGUGUGGUUGCUAGUUACCCGUUUGAUGAUUCAGCCAAGCACAUUCAGGAUGGUGUGUACAGUUCAGCGCCGGACGACAAGGUGUUUAAGCUUCUGGCGAGGACGUAUGCCACGAACCAUCGCACCAUGUUUACGGGUACAGUGUGCAAAGAUGAUGACUUUCCAGGCGGAAUUACGAACGGAGCAGAUUGGUAUGACGUACCAGGUGGAAUGCAGGACUAUAACUAUCUCCAUAGCAACUGUUUUGAGAUCACCUUGGAGCUGUCCUGUUGUAAAUAUCCCGAUCACGGAAUCCUGUAUGAGGAAUGGCUCAACAACAAAGAGUCACUCUUGGCCUACCUGGAAAUGGUACACAUCGGCGUGAAUGGCUUCAUCACGGACAAGUCCACAGGGAAGGGCAUCCCUGACGCGACCAUUUCCGUGGAUGGCAUCAAGCAUAAUGUGACGUCCGCAGGAUUUGGUGACUACUGGCGUCUCCUGGUGCCAGGGGCUUACACAGUCAGAGUGUCCGCAGAGGGGUAUGUGGUUGACUCUCAGGAAGUGGUGGUGCCUGAGGGGCCAGGCCUACAGGUUAACUUCACCCUGACACCUGUCACAGGUGUGUCAGCUCAGCUCAUGGACAACACUGUGAACAUCAGAGCAGAUGGCAGGGGAGGGGGAAGGGGACGGGGAGGGGGUGUGCUAUGCACUAAUUGUUCUUUAAUCUAA